AUGGCGGGAGAAAAUGCCGGUGGAGAGAACCGUCCCAACGGAUCGCCGUCCUCAUCAGAUCAAGGAGGUAACCUGAACUCCAGUCAAUUUAAUGGAAAUCCUCCGUCCACACCACUGACACCGGAUUCCCCUACCUCUGCGGGAUUUAACACAGAUCAGCUUCCAUUCAAUACAAGCCGUACCUCGGAGAAUUACUCUGAUUACGACGACGAUGAGGCUGCUGUUGAUCCAGAAAUCAUCAGGGAUGAACCCGAAGAAAUCGACGAGGAUGAAGGGGAAGGCGAGGAUCUUUUCAACGACAAUUACAUAGAGGAUUACCGGAGGAUGGAGGAAAAUGAUCAAUAUGAAUCGGUUGGGCUUGAUGAUUCUCUUGAGGACGAGAGAGAUUUGGAUCAGAUUAUGGCGGAUCGUAGGGCUGCAGAGAUCGAGCUUGCUACCAGGGACGGUACUGCUUCACAGCGAAAGCUUCCUCAUCUUCUACAUGACCAAGACACGGAUGACGAAAAUUAUCGGCCUUCAAAAAGAACUAGAGCUGAUUUUAGGCCUCCUUCUGGUGCACGUGACUUUGAUGACACUGAUGCAAUGCAAAGUUCUCCUGGUAGAUCACAAAGGGAACACUCAAGAGAGGAUGUGCCCAUGACUGAUCAGACAGAUGAUGAUCCAUAUGAGGAUGACGAUAAUGAUGAAGGUGAGUUCGAGAUGUACCGUGUUCAGGGAACACUAAGGGAGUGGGUUACUAGAGAUGAAGUGCGUCGCUUUAUUGCUAAGAAGUUCAAGGAGUUCAUACUCACUUAUGAGAACCCAAAGAGUGAACAUCGUGACCUUGCAUAUCUUCGGCAGAUAAAUGAAAUGGUGUCAGUCAACAAGUGCAGUCUGGAGAUUGAUUACAAACAGUUUAUUUAUAUCCACCCAAACAUUGCCAUCUGGCUGGCAGAUGCACCCCAGUCUGUUCUUGAGGUCAUGGAGGAAGUUGCUAACAAAGUUGUGUUUAAUUUACAUCCAAACUACAAAAGAAUCCAUCAAAAAAUUUAUGUCAGGGUGACCAACUUACCUGUUUAUGAUCAGAUUCGCAACAUAAGGCAGAUUCAUUUAAACACGAUGGUUCGCAUAGGAGGAGUUGUGACCCGACGAUCUGGAGUUUUCCCCCAGCUGCAGCAAGUAAAGUAUGACUGUAACAAAUGUGGAUCAGUUUUGGGGCCUUUUUUCCAAAACUCGUAUUCAGAGGUUAAGGUUGGUUCCUGCCCAGAAUGCCAAUCGAAGGGCCCAUUCACGGUCAAUAUUGAGCAGACCAUAUACAGGAAUUAUCAGAAGCUUACCCUUCAAGAAAGCCCUGGAAUUGUUCCUGCUGGCCGAUUGCCAAGAUACAAGGAAGUGAUACUUCUGAAUGACUUGAUUGAUUGUGCUCGCCCUGGGGAAGAAAUUGAGGUUACAGGCAUCUACACUAACAACUUUGAUUUAUCUUUGAAUACGAAAAACGGAUUUCCGGUCUUUGCCACAGUGAUUGAAGCAAAUCAUGUUACAAAGAAGCAAGAUCUAUUCUCGGCCUAUAAACUCACCCAAGAGGACAAGGAAGAAAUUGAGAGGCUGUCUAAAGACCCACGGAUUGGAGAAAGGAUUAUCAAGUCCAUUGCCCCAUCAAUUUAUGGUCAUGAGGACAUAAAGACAGCAUUAGCUCUUGCAAUGUUUGGAGGUCAGGAAAAGAAUGUGCAAGGGAAACACAGAUUGCGAGGAGACAUAAAUGUGCUGCUGUUAGGUGAUCCUGGCACUGCAAAAUCCCAGUUCCUUAAAUAUGUCGAGAAGACUGGACCGAGGGCUGUUUACACAACUGGAAAAGGAGCUUCCGCAGUAGGACUUACAGCAGCAGUGCACAAGGAUCCGGUCACUCGUGAGUGGACCCUUGAAGGAGGGGCCCUUGUUCUGGCUGAUAAGGGGAUAUGUCUUAUAGACGAAUUUGACAAAAUGAACGAUCAGGAUAGGGUAAGUAUCCAUGAAGCUAUGGAACAGCAAAGCAUCAGCAUAUCUAAAGCUGGAAUAGUUACUUCCCUUCAGGCUCGAUGCUCUGUCAUUGCUGCUGCUAACCCAAUAGGAGGAAGGUAUGACUCCUCCAAAAACUUCUCACAGAAUGUUGAAUUAACAGAUCCAAUUGUUUCCAGAUUUGAUAUUCUCUGUGUCGUAAAGGAUGUGGUGGAUCCAGUCAUGGAUGAGAUGCUUGCAAAGUUUGUGGUGGAUAGUCAUUUCAAGUCCCAACCAAAAGGUGCUAACUGGGACGACAAGUCCAUCAACAAUUCUCAGGAAGAUAUCCAAGCCUCUGCCAUGGUAGCGGAUCCUGAGAUACUUCCUCAAGAUAUGCUAAAGAAGUACCUCACAUAUGCCAAGUUAAAUGUAUUUCCAAGAUUGCAUGAUGCUGAUUUAGACAAACUCACACAAGUGUAUGCAGAAUUAAGAAGAGAAUCAUCGCAUGGGCAAGGAGUUCCAAUAGCAGUAAGGCACAUAGAAUCAAUGAUACGGAUGUCAGAAGCUCAUGCUAGAAUGCAUCUGAGGCAGCAUGUGACUCAGGAAGAUGUGGACAUGGCAAUUCGUGUGUUGCUUGACUCCUUUAUUUCUACUCAGAAGUUUGGAGUGCAGAAGGCUCUACAGAAGAGUUUCAAAAAGUACAUGACAUUCAAGAAGGAUUUCAAUGCAAUUGUAUUGCAUCUACUGAAUCAACUUGUGAAGGAGGCGCUGCACUUUGAAGAGAUCGUAUCUGGGUCUAACAAAGAUGUUACUCAUAUUGACGUGAAGGUGGAGGAAUUGCAAAGCAAGGUGCUGGAUUAUGGAAUCACGGAUUUGAAGGCGUUCUUUAGCAGCGUGGAAUUUGGUCGAGGGAACUUUGAAUUGGACGAAGAGCGGAGUGUGAUAAGGCAUCACCUUGUAAGAUGAUGAGUUGAGUUGAGGAGGAACUUGUUAACUUUAGACAUUGGACUGACUGUCCAAAGGAAGAAACAGAAUUGAAAAUUUUGAACUUUCCAUCCAAAGUUUCCUUUUCAAAGGUGUCUUUUAUGUUGUGCAUGUCAUCAAUUGGAUUGUAAUAUAAAUCUGACACUGUUUCUUACAUUCAUUUAUUU